CUUCGUCGCGCAUCAUCUUACGUUCUUGCAUCAUGGCUGGAAGUGAUCUCGUAGAAUUUUGGGGAAAGUGAGGUUAACGUUGUGUGCCUACGUUACUUGUCACAUUAAAUAAGCAUCUAUCGAUUCCGCAAAACAUUUGUCCCUUCGCCGUCAGUCAUGACGCUCACAAAUAAGAUGGAUAUCGACGAGAAGAACGCCAAGGGAGAGGGCUUCAAGCCGUAUUACAUUACGAAGAUCGAGGAGUUGCAGUUGAUUGUCGCUGAAAAGAGUCAAAACUUAAGGAGACUGCAAGCGCAGCGUAAUGAGCUCAACGCGAAAGUACGCAUGUUGCGAGAAGAAUUGCAACUCCUCCAGGAACAGGGUUCCUAUGUCGGGGAGGUAGUCAAACCCAUGGACAAAAAGAAGGUCCUAGUCAAAGUACAUCCGGAGGGCAAAUUCGUGGUGGACAUCGACAAGAACAUCGACAUCAACGACGUGACACCGAACUCGCGCGUUGCUCUGCGUAACGAAAGUUACACCCUACAUAAAAUACUGCCGAACAAAGUCGAUCCGCUUGUCUCGCUUAUGAUGGUGGAGAAAGUACCGGAUUCUACGUACGAGAUGGUUGGCGGUCUGGAUAAACAGAUAAAGGAGAUAAAAGAGGUCAUAGAGUUACCAGUCAAGCAUCCGGAAUUGUUCGAUGCUCUCGGGAUUGCGCAGCCUAAAGGUGUACUGCUGUAUGGACCGCCAGGUACCGGCAAGACUCUGCUCGCAAGAGCAGUCGCGCAUCAUACCGAGUGCACGUUUAUUCGCGUGUCCGGAUCCGAAUUGGUGCAGAAAUUUAUCGGAGAGGGUUCGCGCAUGGUCCGCGAACUGUUCGUCAUGGCAAGAGAGCACGCACCGUCUAUAAUAUUCAUGGAUGAAAUCGACUCCAUUGGAAGUUCCCGGAUUGAAUCUGGAUCUGGUGGCGAUAGCGAAGUGCAACGUACCAUGUUGGAAUUGCUGAAUCAACUGGACGGUUUUGAAGCAACAAAGAACAUAAAGGUCAUUAUGGCUACUAACAGAAUUGAUAUCCUCGAUCCGGCAUUGUUGCGGCCCGGUCGUAUCGAUCGCAAAAUCGAAUUCCCACCUCCAAAUGAAGAGGCUAGAUUGGACAUCUUGAAGAUCCAUUCUAGGAAAAUGAAUUUGACACGCGGAAUAAAUCUGAGAAAGAUAGCUGAACUUAUGCCUGGCGCGUCAGGCGCGGAAGUCAAGGGUGUUUGUACGGAGGCUGGAAUGUAUGCUCUUAGAGAACGUCGAGUUCACGUGACCCAAGAAGAUUUUGAGAUGGCUGUAGCCAAGGUUAUGCAGAAAGAUUCUGAGAAAAACAUGUCGAUCAAGAAGUUAUGGAAAUAAUCAGCUCUGCAAUUUUUUCAAUGUACCAUUAACACAUCUUUAGUCCUAUUACUCUCUCAUAAGCGAAUUAUUUUAAUUAAGUAGCAAUAUUAUUUAAAAUGUAACGUGUGUAAACGCGGAAGCUUCGUUCUACGAAAUUGGAGACAACAAUAAAACUUUAUUACAAUAUCAAAA